GAGGAGGAGCGGGGAAACGGAGCCGCAUGUUCAGACCCCGGCAAGGACUCAGGCCCGCCCAUUAGCCACUGUUAACAUCCUAUUUUAUACCUGGCGCUUGACAAAGCUUCAUUGUGAGGCACUGCACGACCGGGAAAAAAUGUCCAGCUUCAACUGGAAACCGUUUGUUUACGGCGGACUGGCUUCUGUGACGGCGGAAUGCGGUACAUUUCCAAUCGACUUAGCCAAGACACGUCUUCAGGUUCAAGGCCAAGUAGGCGACAGUAAAUACCGAGAAAUUCGGUACCGGGGCAUGCUGCACGCUAUCGUCAGGAUAGCACGAGAGGAGGGCUUUCGAACACUGUAUUCAGGAAUUGCUCCCGCCAUGCUGCGCCAGGCAUCCUAUGGGACCAUCAAAAUCGGCACAUACCAGAGCUUCAAGAGGUUGCUGGUUGACAGGCCCGAGGAUGAGACAUUGUUGACCAACGUAUUGUGUGGCGUUCUCUCCGGGGUCAUCUCUUCCUCCAUCGCCAACCCCACGGAUGUGCUGAAGAUCCGCAUGCAAGCCCAGGGAAAUGUGAUCCAGGGCAGCAUGAUGGGCAACUUCAUCAACAUCUAUCAGGAGGAAGGGACUAGGGGACUAUGGAAGGGUGUGUCUCUAACUGCUCAGCGAGCGGCCAUUGUGGUCGGCGUCGAACUGCCGGUCUAUGACAUCACCAAGAAGCACUUGAUCCUGUCGGGUCACAUGGGCGACACAGUGUACACGCAUUUCUUGUCUAGUUUUGUGUGUGGCCUUGCGGGAGCGUUGGCUUCCAACCCUGUGGACGUAGUCCGAACACGUAUGAUGAACCAGAGAGGAGGAGCUUUGUACCAGGGAACACUGGACUGUCUGCUGCAGACAUGGCGCUCGGAGGGCUUCAUGGCCCUCUACAAGGGCUUCUUCCCCAACUGGCUUCGUCUGGGACCGUGGAACAUCAUUUUCUUCCUCACGUAUGAGCAGCUCAAGAAGAUCAACAUCUGAGCGAAGGCAUGCGAGCAUACAGAAAGGUUGAAGACGAGCACAGUUUCCGAGACGAGAGGACCAAGACCUUCUGGACUGGGAUGGAUCCUUGAUGGAACCGCUGGGUCCGCAGGGAUUGAUGGACACCCUCCUUUGCUGUGGCAUGGAGUCUCGUGUGGGCUACGUGUUUCCUCAAGCCUGCUGUGGCUUUUGUGGAAAUGGCUGCGACUUCCGCAAGGGACGCUUGAAUUUGAUAUUUUUAGCUCAAGCAAAUGCUUCGUUAAGCCAAACAUUUUGUUAAGAAUCAACUGACAGAUCCAUGUACCGACCCUCCUCCCCCCUCCGGGAUGCCACAGUGGCCUCUGUUCAUACAUGAUUGUUUGAGGCUUGAAUGUCACCAGAAUAAUGUUCAAUUUCAAAGCGGCCUUAAAGUUUGCCAGGAGAGGACGUUGCACACGUUGGAGAGAAGCUGACAAUCACUGCAGUCAUUCCCUUCUGAAAUAGCAAGCGCGCUUUUGAGUCAACACACUUCAAAAAGGAUCUGGUGUGUGCUUUUUUUUCCCCAAAUCUAUUUCUAAAUUGAGAGCUAUUUAAGCUAGAAAGCACUGCGUUAUAAAAGCAUCCUGAAGCUGGAAACCCACACAAAUGUGAUCUCAGUCAGCUAGGAGGACCCCGCAGACCAGUUGUAAAAUUGAAAUUUACAUUUUGUCGGAUCUUAAGGAGGUUCUAAGUAGAGAUUCAAAAUGCAAAAAGAAGAAAAGGGGAAAAAAACUGAGUAAGCAAUUUAAAGUGGAAUAGGUUGUUCAUCUGCUGAUUAAAAGUUUAAGACCAGAGCUAAAAAGAAAACAUGAAAUCCCCCUAACAUAGAAAUAAAAUAUUUUAAAAAAGGACUCUGUAAUGAGUAGCGGCGCCAUUCUUGUUAAUCACCUCAAAAUUUUGGUUUGGGCAUGCUUGAUGCCAGUGUUUCCAGGAGGCUCGUGGGAAGGUUGCUCCAGGUGGUGAAGAUGGCUUCACGGAAGGCAUCCACUGUCUGGAACUGAUGUCCAUUUUUGUCAAUUUCCCUUGCCAUCCAUCCCCAAAUGUUCUCCAUUGGAUUUAGAUCAGUGGAACACGCAGGAUGGUCCAAAAGAGUGAGCUUAUUCCUCUGGAAGAAGUACUUUGUCAGGCGGGCUUUGUAAAGUGCAGCUCUUUCCUGUUAAAAAAGGCUGUUCCAUUAGGGCCUUCAGUCAUGAGAGAUGCCCCCUGCAGCAUCUAUCUCCACAUAGCCAGCUGCCGUUUGACGCACCUGCACAACCUGAAGCUCCAUAGUUCUACUGAAGAAAAAGCACCCCACAUCAUGAUGGCGAAGAGGUUUCAAAUGACUGUCUUACUGCGUCCGACCUCAGCAGCAAUGGCGCGAUGCAAGAGGCCUUGCUUAUGCAGUUUAGCAUUCCGACCGCAUUCAAAGAGAGAAAGCUUUUUUUGCCUUUGCUAAUUAGAGCUCGUGACAGUGUGAAUACCUGGCAGAAAGCGACAUUGAAUCCACAUUUUUGCCAAGAUUUGGGCUUUUAAAGGCUGUGGUCUUAAACUUUUGAUCAGCCUAUUUCACUUUAAUGCUUUUUUUGUAAUAAAUUGCAAACUCAAUUUUUUUUGUUUGUUUCACUCCUAUUUCUUCUUUUUGCAUUUUGAAGCCCUAUCUAGAACCUCUUUACGAUCCAGCAGUGCAAAAUGUAAAUUCUUGCAACGUUUCAACUGGUCUUAACCUUUUGAUAAGGAGUGUAUUUGUGUGGAUAAUGUUUGUUUACUGCUUAUUUGCACUACAAUUGCUGUUACCGCCAACUAUAACCUUUUAUUCCAUUGUCUAUUUUAUAUAUCUCCCGGCUUUCCUGUUCUUUGCUGCCAAACUGCAAUCAUUUUGUCUUUUAAUGUUGUUGCAAAGGCUGCUGUAUGGUUGGAUAUUAAAUAAAAGAAACCAAAUUGUU